AACACAACUGACUCUCCUGUCACUGUGGAGACCUUGGAUGAUGUACCUGAGCACGUGCUUAGGGGCCUUCCUGAGGACGUGAGGCUCUUCCCAUCUGCUGUGGACAAGACAAGGCUUGGUGUCUGGGCAACAAAAUCAAUUUUAAAAGGCAAGAAGUUUGGACCAUUUGUUGGCGACAAGAAAAAAAGAUCUCAAGUGAAGAGCAAUGUGUACAUGUGGGAGGUGUAUUACCCAAACCUGGGCUGGAUGUGUGUUGAUGCCACUGACCCAGAGAAGGGCAAUUGGCUCAGGUAUAUAAACUGGGCACGUUCAGGGAAGGAGCAGAACCUGUUUCCUUUGGAGAUCAACAGGACUAUAUACUACAAGAGUCUAAAG